AUGUGGCUCGAAUAUGACGUUAUGAAACACGCCACUACCUUCAGCGAUCCUGUAGCUUUGAUGCCCUCAACGCUUGUAUCGUUUGCAAACAAGAGAACAACCCCCCCUCCACCAUCCUUGUUUGCCGAGAACACAUCUGCCAGUCUAGCGCAUCAGCGAGCAGCUGCUGUAGUAUCUGAGGAAUAUACCCUGGUCACUAUUGGUAGCCAAGUACCUGGUUCAUUAUGUGCCUGGGAUACCCUUGGCUCUGAGGGCACUGGGUCAGAGAAUUUAUUGUUGAAGCGCGUCGAGAAUGCUAAGCAGAGCAUUAAGGUUAUUAAUUAG